UCAUCCCACCCAGGGCGAGGGUGCCCCGUCAACCCUUAACUCCAACAACAACAACAACAACAACAACACUGGUACUUCACAUUGUGCUCGUAAACUCUGGGCGAGGCUGGUCAUAUGGACACGUCUCCUUACACCUGUUACCUAAGAUAACAUAAGAGAUAAGAUUUUUUCGGAUUUUUAACCCUAGUGGGUUAGCAGCCCAGAAUAACUCAAGAAAGGCAGUGCAUCAUCGGGGACUGUCAUAUUUCCACUGGAGUCCUUCGCUCUUGUACCCCAAGGGUCCAAAGGCAAAAUCUGAAGGGGUGCCCCAGUGUCCAAGAAAUUUUGAAAAAAAAAAAAAUUAUUUUUCCUCACAGAAUUAAGGAUAAUAUUUUUGUGAAGAAAUGAAGGACUAACCAAGAAUGUUUCACUUUCGAGGGGUUCAACUCCUGGGAGGCCCUCAAAGUGGCUUUGUACUCGCUCAGCCCUUUUUCCUGUGCUUUUCCAGAACUUCCAGUGUGAGGGUUCUUCAACCUAAAAAUCUUUGUAGUACUUGCAAAUAUUCUUGUAGAUAUAUUCAUUUUGGUACUUCACAAAGAAAGAUACAGGUGCUUGAUAGAGUUGGUGUAACUCCUUAUAGCCAAAGAAGUGUUAUUUCCUAUAAUAAAGACCAUGAGCUCUUACCUCACCAUCCAUGGAAUAAAGCAGUUACAUCCAGAAGUAUUUCAGUGGCAGCAGCUCAGAAUCUUUUUUGGGAAAAAGAUCCGAAAGGUGGAUAUGGACACAAGAAGAAGCACAGUCAGAAAGAGUUAAUUCGUGACGGCCUGAAGGAAUUGCGAACUGAGUUGAUAAAAUGGAAAGAUGAAGUGCGUGAAAAAUUUGAAGAUGAUCCUAUUAUGGUCAGACCAGGUGACAUGGACAAGAUCUGGAUUCUUAAUAGUGAAGAAUCACUUGAGCAGUGGGUAGUGACGAGUGAUAAAGACCACAAUGAGGGCUUUAGUUCAGCAUCUCUUACGCUUUCUCCAACAGGUCAUGGCUUGUUCUCUGGACGUAUUAAUACACAGGUACCGAAAGAUGGAAGAGUGAAACGUGCAGGGUAUUGCAAUAUUAGGACAAUUAGACCAAGGAAAUCCUUCAAAAGAGAAACUUACUUGGACUGGUCGCUUUACACCCACUUGGAGUUGCGGGUGCGAGGGGAUGGCAGGUCUUACAUUAUCAAUAUUUCUACUGCUGGCUAUUUUGACAUAAUGUGGAAUGACAUUUAUACGUAUGCAUUAUAUACUCGGGGAGGACCUCACUGGCAGGUCACUAGGAUACCAUUCUCCAAAUUCUUUUUAAACAGUAAAGGUCGUGUACAAGAUAAGCAAGUAUCCAUCCCCCGCGACCAUGUAGUUUCUGUGGGGAUAUCAGCAGGAGAUCGUAUUAAUGCACCAUUUAGAUUAGAAGUAGACUACAUAGGUGUUUAUUGGGAUCCCAGUCACUUGGAGACAUUUGCCUAUGAGAUGUAUAAAGUUCCAAAAUUUACAGCUGGGCACUAACCUUGAAAAACUGUUUAUUUUUUCACUUUAUGUAAAUAUUUUUUGUAGCUAUUUAUAACUAAUUUACUUAAUUUUAUAUGAAUUUUGAAAAUGUUAAUUCGAGAAAAAAAAAAAGUAACAUGAAUUCCUUGUUCUCACUUUCAUGAACUCAAUAUUUUACACAGUUAAGAGAAUCUGUAAAGAUAGUAACAUGAAUAGAUUUUAUAAAUCAUUCAGUUUCAGAGUAAAGGCAUAUUGGUUUACAGUAGAUCAAUACAUGUUAAUGCAGAUGAUCUAGAACAGUAUUUCUUACAUGCUGGGUUAUUACCUGGGGAAUAAAGUUUUUGAAGGUGUACAGUUCAUUCAUCCCAAGGGGCAUCUAAAGAAAGUACUCAAGGUCUGACAUUCUUAGGUCUAAAGGCUAAUAAAAUUAAAGCCUUGAAGGUGAAUAUUACUAGAACCUUGAAUUGAUAUAUGUUGUGCAAAAUGGAAAUAAAAUUGUUCCAGAUUC